GUGUAAUUACUCCGGUCCAAAGCACUGAUGUAGUACAAAUACGUUAUCAUGUGAUGCUUGUUACUUUUUUCCACACUAGUCAAGAUGGGCCAAUCACAGUCAUACUUGAUUACUGGCGCAGCCAUUUUAUUCAAUAAUUUUAUAUAGACUGUCAUGUUAUAAGUCCAUUUACAUGUCAGAUACCAUACCUUGGAAUUAUAUAUUUAACAUGUUAUAUUUUUUCGAGUGAAAAUAUCUCCAGUAGGAGGAAAAACAUUAGAAGAUUUGAAUGCGGCUCAAUGGAAGUUUAGACUUUCCGAGCCACCAAGCGCCCCCUGGUCAUUCACACUAUUUGUUGUACGCACAGACGUCUAUCAUCAUCGAAGAGCUGAGAUGUUCAGCGGUAUCUGGUGACCGAGCAGAGUCAUAAAGAGCACCUGUUUUUGUGGAUCACGACGUGCCAACCCGAUUAUGUACACUGAGCCCCCGGGAAAACAGCAGAAACACAUAUUCUCGGUAAUAGUCUGAUUUGGGUCAGUUCAGAAGAAUGACAGCUCAGAAAAAUAAACACGGACUUCUGGCAAUUAAAGAGUUAGAGAAUGUUCUGGACACAUGUAAACUUGAUCUAACUCCAGUCGACGAGGUCUGGCCGAACCUGUACAUCGGAAACGUGGCCAUUGCUCAAAAUAGAAAUGCUUUGAAGAAAAUGGGCAUCACUCAUGUCUUAAAUGCUGCCCAUUCCAAGCAAGGCAGCAUUGGGGACCAGAGCUAUUAUGGCAAUACAAUUGUAUAUUAUGGCAUCCCAGCAGAAGACUCUUCAUCAUUUGAUCUUAGUGUGCACUUUAAAUCGGCUUCUGAUUUCAUCCACAAAGCUUUGAGGAAGAAGAAUGGUAAGGUGCUUGUUCAUUGCAUCAUGGGAAUGAGUCGGUCUGCCACUCUGGUUUUAGCGUACCUUAUGCUGCGUCAGCGUCUUACUCUCCGCACUGCAAUCCAAACGGUUGUAUUGCAACGUGCAAUCUAUCCUAACAGGAACUUUUUGAGCCUUCUCCUGGAUUUGGACAUUCAGCUACAGAGAAAGCGAAUGCUGUGUCCUAUUCUCUGACAGAAAAACAACACAAAUGUAAUGAACACACGAAAGCACAUGCAUUCAUUUACUAAAGGGUGAAGAGGUAACUAGCGUUGGUAUGUUUACAUGAUUUAUGAUAUGUAUAUAUAUAUAUAUUUCUUAAAAGUAAAACAUGUGCCUUUCAGGUUUAGUGUAUAUGACAUAGACCAUCUUUCUACUUUUCCAUACAUUUACAAGGUUAUUAUAUAUAACUUGAGAAUUUAGCUAUAAUAACGCUUUUAAUAUUGAAUGAAAAAAUAUUUAACAUACUUGACAACUGACAUGUUUGCAUAGUCCUUUUAUUAUGGGGGAUUUUACCGUAUAAUGUAGUUUUAUAAUGUACCCUAUAAUGGUGUUUUUUUUAUGAAAAUCUGUAUGAUAUAUUCACGUUGCAGCUUUAUGAACCACAGCACACAAGUGCCACAUGCUGCUCACACAGCAAAUAAUAUUUAACAGUGGAGUCAGUAUUCAGCUUAGAAUACCAAAUUAAGCAGUAUUAAAUGAUUGAAUUGUGGUUCAUUAUUCGGCUGCAGAGAAAACAUUCACUGUGAGCAGUAUUAGCUUUUACGCAGCCAAAUUUGGAGAAAUAUACCGGCCAAGCACAACAUUCUUCUGUUGACUCAAUCCUAAAAGCCUUGUUUAAAAUGACUGAGCAGCACUCGCUGAUGUGAUUUUUAGUGCACCCUUUUGCUUUAAUAGCAGAAUAAUGUGUUUCAUUCAGGUCAUUGAUUUACAGAAGUUCCUUUGUUAACUUGGAAAACAUUAACUGGUGUUUUGUUAAAUGCACUGUAUAACUUAGAACAUUUAAUUGCACAUGAGACUAUUGACUAUGAGUAGGAUGAAUAUUCAAUUUGUUACACUCUUAUAUCUGCCUAUGUUAAGUAUUUUUGAAAGUGUAACUGCACUAGUGGUUUCAUAUACAAUGUUUCAUGUACAGAUACAAACAAGGUGCCAAAUAAACGUAAUUUGUAUCUGUAUUCAUUUAAUAAAAUAAACAUGAAAGUCCUUUGGUUUUUGCAAGUUAGGCAAACCCAGUUAUAGUGUAUUUGUGAAAAUUUACCUGUAUACUUCAUAAUAAUUGUGAACAACUAAAUGUAUUUUCCAACAUUUCUUGUUUUAUAUGUAAUAUAUUUCUAUGCAUUUAUCUCACAUGUUAAGAUAUAUGCAAUUUAUGUGUCAGUUAUAAUAUUAAAGGGUUAGUUCACCCAAAAAUGAAAAUUC